AUGUCAGACACAGACGGAGAAUUGAGGUUUCGUCCCCGCCACGGGGGCAAGGAACCACAACGAGACCUUAACCAAGGCGGUCCUGUUCAGAUGCCUCCCGAUGGCCCAUAUUUGAACGGUUGUAGCACCAAUGGCACCAACAGUGUUGCCUCAACACCACACAACGCCUCUAGUUUCUCAGAACACAGAGGCUUCGACGGCCACGAUGACUUCAGAUCAAGAUCAGAAUCAUUUCCCCGCCUAUCGCCUAUGAGAGGGGGGACUUGGCCCCGCUCCCCGUCACUCCAUUCGGUGCACGCAGAGGGCGAUACCCCUGAGCCGGGAGUCAGCGGCCCCAUCCCUUCCUAUGGCCCUCACGAGGGCGAAGCUGGAGGCCCAAGAUCACGCGCGCACGCCAGUAUCCAGACAUACACCGACGACAGCCGCAUAGAGCACCAGUACCCUCGACUAUCACGGCCUGUUGAGCUUCUACGCAGGAGCUACGACACUGUGGUCAUAGGGUCCGGCUAUGGAGGCGCCGUGGCAGCGUCUCGGCUGGCGAGAGCGGGCGAGAGCGUCUGUGUGCUGGAGCGGGGACGGGAGAAGUGGCCUGGCGAGUACCCCAGCGGGACAAGAGAGGCUGCCGAUGAGCUGCACUGGUCUGGAAACCUCGCGCCCCAGGGCCUUGGUGAUGGCAUUGCGGUCGAUGGCGGCGAUCCCACGGGCAUGUACCACUUGAUCCUCGGUAGAGGACAGCAUGCCGUUGUAGGCAAUGGCCUCGGUGGCACCAGCUUGAUCAAUGCCAAUGUCUUUCUGGAAGCAAACCACGAUGCCUUGAGGAUGAAAGCAUGGCCGAAAGAGAUCCGAGAAAAUCCUGAGUGCCUUGACGAAUACUAUGAGAAGGCAAAAAAGGUCCUCGACCCGAAGCCAUAUCCAGCUGACUGGCCCAUGCUGCCAAAACUAAACUUGCUCAAGAAGCAAGCCGAAUACCUCGGAAUGGCCGACAAGUUCUCCCGUGUCAGGCAGACAACCCGCUUCCGGAACGGGCCCAACAGCUGUGGAGUGGAGAUGGUCCCGUCGGCCCUGACCGGCCAGGAUGUCACUGGCGUCAACGACGGGUCAAAAACGACAACGCUGGUGACCUACCUCGCCGACGCCUGGAACUGGGGAGCCGAGAUGUUCUGUGAAUGUGAGGUCCGAUACAUUGAGAAGUGCUCCCCACAGCGCGGUGGCUAUAACGUCUAUUUCGCCUGGCACGGGCGCAACCGGGGUCACUUCCGCGCAAAUCUGCACGGCGAUCUGAUGUGGGUUCACGCCAAGCACGCUGUCUUCCUGGGCGGCGGCGCGAUUGGAACCACGGAGAUACUGUUGCGGAGCAAGCAGCUGGGCCUGAGUAUGAGCCAGCAAGUCGGGCAGAACAUGAGUGGGAACGGGGACAUCCUGGCAUUCGGAUACAACACGGAUGAAAAUGUCAACGGUGUUGGCAGGCCAUCCCCUUCGCCACAGAAUCCGGUUGGACCCUGUAUCACAGGGAUCAUUGACAACCGCGAUGGCCAUGACAAUCCUCUGGAUGGUUAUGUGAUAGAAGAAGGGACCAUCCCAAAAGCACUCGCCCCCUUCAUGCAGGCCAUGCUGGACUUGAUGCCUGGUAGCCUCUCUAAUGAGGAGACUUUGCUUGACCAAGCUCAUGCCAAACUGGCUCGCUGGGGAAGCCGGCUACUCGGACCCUAUUUCAGGAACGGCGCAAUAGAGAGGACGCAGGUCUACCUCAUCAUGUCCCACGACAGCAACCAGGCCAUGCUGACCCUCAAGGAUGACAAACCUGAGCUUGAGUUCCUCGGCGUUGGACGAAGCGACCAUGUGAAAAAGCUCAAUGAUAUCCUAGCCAAGGCCACCAAAGCCGUCGGCGGAACGCUCGUGCAAAACCCCUUCUUCGCGCUGCUGGGCCAGCAACAAGUCACAGUGCACCCCAUUGGCGGUGCGAGCAUGGCCCGUGACGGCACGCCAAUGACGGGUGUGACCAACCAUCACGGCGAGGUCUUUGUGGGCAAGGACAUGGACAGCAAUGAGACCCACGAGGGCCUGGUUGUUAUGGAUGCAGCUGUAAUCCCUGCCGCACUUGGGGCAAACCCAUUUGCGACCAUCACGGCGCUUGCCGAGCGCUCGAUUGAAGCGUACUGUCAGAAGCGUGGCCUGGAGAUUGACCGCCGGGACAAUGGAAUCCUGAAUCUCUUUGGCGACCCAGCACACAGCCCCAAACGACGCCGCAGAAAGACCAUGGAGGAAAUGGCGCUUGCGCGCUCCGAGAUCGACAACGUCAACGACGCUGCCCAUGUCAUCAGCAGGGCGGAUGCCAUCAGAGCCAGCGGUUUCGGCUUCACAGAGGUCAUGUCAGGAUUCAUCCACCACGACGAGGACGGGAUGAAAGAAGACAAGAGGCCCAACUAUGAAUUGGCUUAUCGAACGGCCAAGAGCCUGUGUGAGAGCGCUAGGUUCUUUUUGAGUGUUCAGGCAUUCAACACCAAGAGCAUCAUACGCGACCCUUCCCACCGUGGCAUGCUCACUGGUACCUUUGUCUGCCCGACGAUCCCCGGGUCUCCCUUCAUGGUGCAGAGAGGCGAGUUCAACCUCUUCAAACUCGACAUGAAGGCCCCAGGCACGCGUAAUCUGACAUACGACUUCGACAUGACCGGCAUCAAUGGCGAACUACUCCACUUCCACGGUUACAAGGUUGUCGACUCUUCCGUUGCCCUCGCGCCGUGGCAGUUCUGGCGGUCGACAACGACACUGUACUGUACCGUCAGCAAGCGACUCGCCCCAACCAGGAACGAAGAGCAUGACGAAGAUGCCUGGCGCAAGUUGCAAGUCGUGGCCAAGGGCAUGAUGCACAUACAACCCGGCGACUUCUUGUCGGAGCUCAUGACCAUGACGCCUACUGGCUCGUCAGUCCUGCAGAAGGUCUGGAGCGUGGCCAGCUUCAUGACCUUCUUCACUCGCAGGUCCAUGUCCCUCUUCCUGGCUCCCUUGACAGCCCUGCAGUACCCGUCAACCACCUACAGCGGCUACAUCAACAACACCAUACCCAACAAAUCUUUCAACAUCUUUGCCUCAGACAACGUGUGCACCAAGAUGCACAUGUGGAACGCGACGCACACCCCCGUGGGCGGCGUGAUUGAUCUCUUUAUGAUUCCUGGCGCAAGCGUAGACCAUCAGAUCUUCGCGCUCCCGACAAUCCCCUACAACGCAAUCAACUACUUCACACGAGCGGGAUACCGCGUGUUCGUGACUGUCCACAGGAUCGGUCAGCUCAUGGUCGCAGAGAGAGACUACACCACAUUCAAGACGCGGCUGGACAUCAAGGCGUGCCUGGAGCACAUCCGCAAGAUCAACCGGGACGAGUACGCAGAGAGGAACAAGCUGCCCAAGGACUCGGACGAGGUCAAGAAGUUCCAGCCGCCCAAGAUCUACACCAUCGCGCACUGCAUGGGCAGCGUCGCCUUCGCGUCGGGCCUGCUGGACGGCACGAUCCCGUCUGCGUGGAUCCGCGGCGUGACGUGCUCGCAGGUGUUCAUGAACCCGAUCUGGAACACGAUGAACAUGAUCAAGGCGACCGCGGGGCCGUGGCCGCUGGACAGGGUGUACAAGCUGCUGGCGGGGUCCUGGUUCAGCUGCUCGACGAGCCGCGAGGACAGCCUGGUGCAGCGGGCGCUCAACCAGGCGCUGCGCUUCAUGCCCGACGCGCGCCGCGAGAUCUGCAACAGCGCCAGCUGCCACCGCAUCAGCCUGACCUUUGGCCGGUGCUGGAACCACAAGAACCUCAACGAGGCGACGCACCGCCAGAUCGACCGCUUCUUUGGCGGGGUCAACAUGACGCUGCUGCACCUGCUCAUGCGCAUGGGCGCGGCCGGCCAUGUGAUGGGGGACCACCCGCUGUAUGAGGUGCUGACCACGCGGGAGAACAUCGCCCGUCUGCGGGGUGUGCCCUUCCUGCUCUUCGUCGGCCGCGACAAUGCGGUGCUCAGCCCCGAGUCCACGGAGAGGACGUACGAGAUCCUCUGUGACACUUUCGGGACGCGGGCUGGUGGGCUCGCCAACGGCAUGCAGGGCGAAGGGGGGCCCCAUGACGGUGAUGGUAUUGAGUACCGCCGCCGAGUCGUCCCUGGCUACGGGCACCUCGACUGCUGGAUGGGCCGCAACGCGUGGAAGGAUGUGUAUCCCUUUGUCAGGGAGGAGGUUGACCGGGUGUGCCGUGGUGAGGAUUACAGGUUCCACGAGCCUGAUGAUAAGUUCAAGAGGAUGGUGGCUAGUGGUGAGCUGCUUUACUAG